AUGACUUCCCUCCUUACUCCUGCUGCUGAUGAUUCCGACUUCGGGCCACCGUUCGACGACGCAGAUGCCGAUAUCAUCCUACGCUCAUCUGACGGGUUUCGAUUCCAUGUGUACAAAGUCAUCCUAUCGAAGGCAUCUCCAUUCUUUCGAGACAUGUUCUCCAUCCCACAGCCCAAGAGCGAUACCGCAUCUACAGCUACAUCUAUAGAACAAGCGCUCCAUGUCAUACCCGUAUCCGAAGACAAAAGUACACUUGCCAGUCUUCUGAAGCUGUGCUACCCGUUGGAGGAGUACCCUGUAUUCACGAUUCCCGAAGUCCUACUUCUGGCAGCUGCAGCCAAGAAGUAUGAUAUGGAUCGUGCAUACCAAGCAAGCAGCCAAUUUUUCGCUCGGUCUCCAGCCUUGGCGGCCUACCCUGCUACAGCUUAUGGCAUCGCUUGUAAGCACCACCUAGAAGAGGAAGCACGCAUCGCAGCUCUCCAAUGCCUUAACAGACCGAUGAGCUUGGAAGAUCUGAGCACGGAAAUGCAGGAGGUGGAUGGCCGUGCCUUGUAUUGCCUUUGGCAGUAUCAUCGCAAGUGUGCGGAUAAAGCGAGCAGUCUGGCCACCGAAUUCUCAUGGAUCGAGCGCAGGAGCGACGAGAUUUGGAAUUGGGCAAAAGCCAAUACCGAAAAUUGCAGAUGCGACAAAAAAACUGUUCGUGUUGCCAACGGGGAGGACUGGCUGGCGCGAGAGUGGUGGACCAGCUACAUGGAGCGAGCACGAGAGGGGUUGACAAAAACACCUGCCUCCACAACUGUUACUGCGUUGAGGAUCUUGUAUCCAUCUAUCGAGAAGGCGGGACCAUGCGGCGUAUGUUGCCAGCUGGCUGCAGAGGCGAUGAUAUCAUUCAGCAACCACUUUGCGAAACAAGUAGACCUUCAGAUAGCCCAGGUCAGUUGA